AUGUCCUCAGAGUCAGAAGUGACCUUCGCUGAAGAGGUCCUGCGGUAUCACAACGAAUACCGGGCAUUGCAUGGCUCUGCCCCACUCUGCCUUCACGAAGAGAUAAACGAAUACAGUCAGACAUGGGCAAAGCAUCUGGCGAACUUGAAUCAAGGCAUGAUGCAUCGAAAGGAUGUGGGUCGUAAGGAUGGAAGAGAAUACGGGGAAAACCUCUACUCGUAUUGGUCGACGGAAGGAGAUCCUGUCGAGGCCAGAGAUGUCGUCGAUGCCUGGUACAAUGAAAUCGAACUCUUCGAUUUUGGACAAAGCGGGACGGACGAAACGGGGCACUUCACGCAGUUGGUGUGGACAAGAAGCCGUCGAAUGGGGGUGGGAAGAGCCCAGGCCAAUGAUGGGCAGACGUGGUACGUCGUCUGCAAUUAUGAUCCACCUGGGAAUUUCAGCGGAUAUUACACUUACUGCGUACCCCGACCCCUCUCUCAAACUGGGGGCAAAGUCGUUUGUCGAGAACCGGAUUUCGAGAGUGGAAUGUUAGAACAGCACAACAUCCAUAGGAGGAAUCACGGAUCACCUCCCCUUCGUUUGGACAGGGAGUUGAGCAGGCAUAGUCAAGAAUGGGCAGAAAAGUUGGCGGAAGAAGAUCAAGGGAUGAGGCACCGCCCACGAGAGAAGUUAGGUGUGAAUUUGUUUAAACUCAAGAGCUCCGCCCCUGGCUGUCCCAUCAUUCCAAAGGACAUCGUGGACUUCUGGUAUAACAGGAUUUCUUCCUUCAAUUUCCAAAACCCUGAAAGGAAUCCUCUCAGCACAAGGAGUGCAACUCAAGUGAUUUGGAAAGAAUCUGAGCUUUUGGGAGUGGGGAGUGCAUUGACAAAAGACGGAAAAUCGUGCUAUGUCGUGGCUCUCUACGAUCCACCCGGAAACAUCACAGGAAGAUUUUCUCCUAAUGUUCUUCCUCCAACAAAUUCUUCAGAUUCGGGCUCAAGUUCUGCUCGAUCCACCUCAAGCACUGCUUAA